GCAGCGAUAAACCCCAUUUUCUUCCCCCCGAGUUUCUCGAAUUUCGAAACACACACACACACAAAAAAAAAAACAAAUGCGUCGCGGUAUCGAAACGCCGUCGUUUCAUGGUCAUCAUCGUCUUCUCCUCGCCGUGGGGCUCCUGGUCUCGUCGAGCUUGAUCUCCUUCUCUAAUGGAGUUUCUUGUCCUUCCCAUAAUCCCCCGUCUACGCUCAAACUUCAAGGGUUGAGGAGGGAGGUUCUGGAAGGAGGGAACGGGACAUUGGUUUUGGCAGCGGAAAGGACCCACCGGAGAGACCCUCUCAACAAUUUCCAAUACUACACCGGCGGCUGGAACGUUACCGAUUCCCAUUACAUCGCCUCGGUGGCAUUUUCAGCAGUGCCUCUGAUAGCGAUAGCGAUAGGAUGGUUCGUGUUAAUCGGACUGUUCCUAAUCUGCGCAUGCUUCUGUUGCUGCUGCUGCUGGCUCGGACCCAGAGCCUACGGCUACUCACGCGUCUGCUACGCUCUCUCCCUCACUUUCCUCCUCCUCUUCACCAUCGCCGCUACGCUCGGGUGUGCGAUGCUGUACACGGGUCAACGGGAGUUCUACAGCAGCGUGGAGGAAACGUUCACUUACAUCAUCCGACAAGCCACUGGUAUCUUGAAUACACUGACGGGCUUGUGGGAUUCGAUUCAGUCGGCUAAAGACAUCCACCUCAACGGACAGUUCAUGUUCCCUCCUGAGUUCAGGGAAAGCAUCGACCACUUCAGCAACAUGAUUCACAUGUCUAAUACCACCUUGCCUGAUCGUGUCUCCAAUACUACCAUUCACUAUCUCACUGGAGCUCUGAAUCCUGUGAGAUUAGCUCUCAAUGUGAUCGCUGGUAUCAUGCUCGGAGUCGCCCUUCUCGGCCUCUUGUUUUCAGUAUGCGGCCUGCGGGUUCUCGUCUACCUGUUGGUUGUUUUGGGUUGGAUUCUCGUCACAGCAACGAUCCUUCUCAGCGCCAUUUUCCUCGUUUUCCACAACGUGGUGGCGGACACGUGCAUGGCGAUGGACCAAUGGGUGCAGAACCCGACGGCCGAGUCGACACUCAGCCAGCUGCUGCCCUGCUUGGACCGUCGCACCGUCGACGAGACGUUAAACAUAACGAGAUCCGUUACGUUCACGACCAUUGACUUGAUCAACGACUACACCCUCAACAUCACUAACCAGGAGUUCCCACCGGACUUCCCUCUCUACCAUAACCUGUCGGGUCCACCGCUUCCGCUUCUCUGUAACCCUUUCGACCCAUCACUCAACCCUCGGCCCUGCGCUCCUGCCGAGGUCCCCCUCGCCAAUGCCUCUCAGACGUACAAAACGUACGUAUGCCAAGUGGAUUCAAAGGGAAUAUGCACGACACAGGGACGGUUAACCCCCGUCUCCUACGACCAGAUGAUGGGUGCGAUCAACGUGGCAUUCACGUUAGACCACUACAGCCCGUUCCUAGCCAGCCUGAUCGGCUGUACGUUCGUGAGGGACACGUUCAGGGCCAUAAGCGCGCACCAUUGCCCAAGGCUCAGCGUUUCCAGCCAGUGGAUCUACGCAGGCCUGGCCUCGGUCUCUGGAGCCGUGAUGGUUUCGCUCAUCCUUUGGAUGAUCUUUAUCAGAGAACGUAGGCAUCGUGUCCGUACAAAGAAGUCCAUGAUCGAGAUGAGUAGGUUCUAGGAGGGAAAGGAACGAUCGAAUCCAUAAAGCAAGAGUGCAUUCGUAUUACGUUUUUGUGUCUGUAUACGAAUAAAGCUACAGGUCCCAAUCCCUAUUGUGAAUCCAUACAUCAUAUAUAUGGCGUAUGAUAAACAAUUAGACAUUAUCGGUAUAUAUUGUCAACAAUGACAGCGUGAAUACACUUAGGGGUGACCAAUUUGGAUUUCGGUUUGGGUUCGGUUUGGUUA